AUGGACCACAUCAAGUUGGUGAUCACCGAGGCCGACAAGGUGGCGGGAGCGGCGAGCGAUGCCAGCAAGAAGCUGGCGGCCGUGACGGGCGACAAGAAGGCCGCUGCGACCAAGUCGGACGCAAAGGGGGCUUCCUCUUCGACUUCUGCAUCAUCAUCUUCAGAUGCGCUGACCAGCACGUGUCCGAGUCUCACCAAGAAGCAGCGGAUGAUCGGCUUUGUGUCCUGCUUCGUGCUCGGGUACAUCAUGAGCUUCGGGUCGACCUUCGCCCUCAUUGCGGGCUCCGAUAACGGCGCCAAGUUCGGCGUCACCUACAGCCUGGGCAACAUCAUCUCGCUCUGCGGUUCGGGUUUCCUCGUUGGCCCCAAGCAGCAGGUGAAGCUCAUGUUCAAGCCCGUGCGCCGCAUAGCGACCGUCAUCUAUCUGCUGAUGAUCGUGGUCGUGCUGACAGUCGCCAUUACGGCGCCACAGCUCGGUCUGGUGGUGCUGUUGCUGGUGAUCAUCCAGUGUGGAGCCGCUGUCUGGUACGAUUCGUUGGCUGUAACAAAAUUGAAUUGCGGUGGUGCUAACGGUAUCCGGAUAUCGUGA